CUGGAUGCUUCGUUCGCUGGUUUAGUGCGAAGAACGGAAAUCUCGAUCGCGAAUAUGCAACCGAGGAUAGGGUACUGUUGGAUCGUUCUUGUCGGCUGCAUCCAAUGCGCCGGCUGCUACGACAGACACGCGCACACAGUGGCGCAAUGGGCAAAGACCUUGGGCGCCGAAUUAUGGGAACUCGCGGAGAAGGUGGCGCGACCAGACGAACUAUUAAGCAAAUACAGAGCGAUGAAUACGCAAGUGGAGGACAAGUCCGGGGACGAAUUAGUGAGAAUAAUCAGCGAGAACGUCGGCAGGAUGCUGAGAAGAAAGAUGGACGCGGUGACCUGCAUCCGCAUAGAGGCUGAGAAAGGCGCGCGGAAUUGGACGGACCACGACGAUCUGGAAGACUUUAAAUACGUUUCGGGAAAAUACAGCGUCGUGGAGGGCGGGUCUCCGCCGAAAUACCCUGAGAAUAUAGGGAACAAUACCAAAUUUUACAGGAACAUAACGUUGACACCGGACUCGCAUUUCUACAACAUACCUGUAAACACAAGCUUCUCGUCGGUGCACGUGCCAACGAACGUGUACGAUAUGGGACCAGCGGUUUGGAAGGAUAUAGAGAAGACCGAGCAUCUCGACAGCGUCUUUCAGCAAAACUACGAAUCGGACCCGGCGUUGUCUUGGCAGUAUUUCGGCUCUAUCACGGGCAUGCUGAGACAGUAUCCUGCUAUGCAGUGGAGGACGGAUCCUAUGUUGAACGACGAGGAGGAAGACGACGGCGACGACGAGGGAACGCCUGAUAUAUACGAUUGUCGAGUACGCAGUUGGUUCAUCGAGGCUGCCACCUGCAGCAAGGACAUGGUGAUCCUGAUGGACACCAGCGGUAGCAUGACCGGCAUGGGAAAGACGAUCGCCAGGACAACGGUGAACAUGAUUCUGGACACCCUGUCGAACAACGACUACGUGACCGUGUUGAGCUACACGGACGAGACGUACGACAUCAUCGACUGCUUCAAGGACAUGCUGAUCCAGGCCACCCCGGAAAACGUGGAGACGUUUAAAAAAGGAAUAACGUCCGUGAAAACUGAGGGUCUCGCGAACGUGACCGAAGCCUUCAACAGAGCGUUCAACCUUCUCAGAAAUUACAGGGAGUCGCGUGGGUGCGACGCGGACAACCCGUGCAAUCAGCUAAUAAUGCUGGUGACGGACGGCGUUCCUGGAAACUUAACCGAGGUUUUUAAAACGUGGAACUGGCAGGACAACGACACUCACAUCCCCGUGAGGGUGUUCACGUAUCUUCUUGGAAAAGAGGUAACGAAGGUCCGCGAGAUCCAGUGGAUGGCCUGCCUCAAUCGCGGUUACUAUACGCACGUCCACACGCUAGAGGAAGUUCGUGAACAGGUCCUGAAGUACAUACCCGUCGUUGCCCGACCUAUGGUUCUCCAGGACGUCGUGCACCCUGUCGUAUGGACUCACGCUUACGCGGACAUAACGAAUCCGGCACUCGCCACCUGGCUGUGGCUGGUGAUGAAGCAUCCGAAACAACGAUCACGUCUUCAGAAACAUCUGAAAGGGAAACGUCUGGGCGUGCGAAUAAAUGAGGACGCUAUCUACAUACAGCAGCUCCACGAGGACGAGGACGUUCUACAGGACCCGUCAACGCUGAACUCCACCGCUUGGCAGGAGUACAGGCUCCUCACCUCCGUCAGCACGCCGGUGUUUGACCGCAAAGGCAACAAACGCUACAAUAACACGAGGUUAGCGCAUCUGUUGGGUGUGGCAGGCACGGACGUGCCAAUUGACGACAUCCGAAAGCUCACGUUGCCGUACAAGCUCGGAGUGAACGGGUAUGCCUUCAUCGUGUCCAAUAACGGCUACGUGAUACUGCAUCCGGACCUGAGGCCCGUCUACAAGGGCAGGCUCAAGCUGAAUUACAACAGUAUCGACCUCACGGAGGUCGAGAUCCUGGACGACGGACUCGGGCCUAGGAACCCGGGACCGGAGAUACUGGAGCUGCGUGCCGCGCUGGUGGAUCACAAAACGGGCAGCACGAUGGGAGUUCCCGUGAAAUUGCAUUACGACGAUAAUCGUCGGGUGAAUCUGGAGAGACGCGACUACUUUUACGCGCCCCUGGACGGGACGCCUUUCGGUGUCGCGGUCGCCAUAUCAAACUACGGCACAACUUGGAUCAAGGUCGGAGACGAAAUCCGCAGGAACCAGAACAUGAACGUGAAGAUCUCCGAUUUCUUCGUGGGCGAUCGCUGGAGAGUGCAUCCGGGCUGGGUGUACUGUCGCUACCACUAUCUGGAAGGUCACGAGUUCGAUAGCUCGGAGGACGAGCUGAGACACUUCCUGGAUCUGUUGGACAAGCCGGACUGGCGUUGGUCGGAGCAGUACGCCUCCUACCCGAUCGGCAACGACGACGACGAACCUGACUGCGGUAGACAGACCAUGUCGCACGACGACUAUUAUUGCAACAGAGAGCUGAUGCAGCUAUUGGUCUUCGACGCGAAGGCUACGAACGCGAGCUUCAAUAACGAUUUCGUAUUGGAGGGCCAACGGGCGCGACAUUUAGCCGAGAUGUAUGGGAUAUUCUUGAGAUUCGUCGCCACGCAGAGCGGCCUGACGAGGUGGCACGAUUUGGACACGAACAAACUGCCCGAAGACGACGAUGGCAUUGUUUUUGGCGAUCUUCAUAGGAGGGCGGUGAACGAGCCUUGGUACAAGGGCGCUAUUUUUCAGAAUAAUAUAGAUCCAAACAGUAUAUCCGUGACAGUUCCCUGGGAAGCAGGCCCGGACGCAAUAGUCACCGCCUCCAUGGGAAUAUUCCCAAGAGACGGUGGCAAAACAGCACCGGCCGCCGUGGUGGGCUUCCAAAUGCCCAUGUGGGAUUUUUACAAGAGAUUCAUCGACUUGACAUCGGACCCAGAAAAUCCAUCCAUGAACUGUUCUCACGUGUGGAUGGACUGCUAUUUGCUCGAUCAAAACGGUUACGUGGUGAUAUCCGAGGCGCACAACGACACCGGUCAGUUCAUGGGAACGCAGGAAGGGGCUGUGAUGAACUCCAUGGUGGGCCAAGGUCUCUUCAACCCAGUCGAGAUUUACGAUUAUCAAGGCUGGUGCGACGAAGUUCGUGUCCAGGGCGCGGCCAGCACUCUGACGGACCCUCUGAUGUACGUCUGGAAAUUGUUGCUCUGGUUUCUGCUGCGUGUGACGUGGUUCACGACCCAGUUCGUCAACUUGCCAGGCGGUCUGGCCAAAAUGCACUUCGACGAGGACAAACCGGAGCCGCCGCCGCCGCCGAAACUGUAUCUCUACCAUUAUCCUUGCGACCAGAAGAGGACCCUUUACAUGAUGAAUUACACGAUCGCGGACCAGGGUAUCACCAAUCAGACGGAGACCUUUUGCUCGAGGCCGUUCUAUGCGCGCAGGGUACCGUACACGAACCUGCUGCUGGUGGUCGUCGACGCGAUGUACCCGACCUGUUACAAAAGAUUAGAGGUGACGCCAGUGAUCAUUUCGCCGCUGGAGUACACGAACGGUACAGGGAGUGCGCCGUGCCAUAAACUUCCGCUGAAUGACCUUAAAAGGAGGCGCCUGGAGAGUUGUUUUACGGAGCAUCCGUUGGAGCACGAAAUCGACGAGUGCGGUGGCGCGUCGGGACUCGCCGUGUCUUUAUUACUGUUCUCCGCUGUUGUCGCUAAAAUUUUAUGUACAUUUGUAUGACUGUCCGAGGGAAGAAUUAUCGGUCGUUCGAUUAACGACGAGAACCACGCACCGUGGAAUACGCUGCUCGAAAUAAUUGGGACAAACUGGGAAACUGACUUAUUCGAUAUACCUCGAUCAAGGGAUCUCGUAUCGAAAUUAUUCGAGUACUUAUUUCUAGGUUUAUUCGGAAUAACAAGCUUCCUAAUUGUUGCGAGCAGCGUGGCUCUUUUUAAUGUCUCGCCCAAACAAUGACCAUCCGCAAGAACUUAUGGAGGAUUGUGAAUUUAUUAUAAGAAUAAAGAAGAUACGCUUCCA